AACUCCCCAAACCAAAACAACUCCCACUACUACUACAACUCCCCCAACACAACCACAUCAGCUUCCCCAACUACGACAACUCCCCCUACCACAAUCACACCUCCCCCUACUACAACUCCCCCUACCACAGCCACAACUCCCAUCACCACAACUCCCCAUAUUACAACCACAACUUCCCCUACCACAAUCACAACAAAUCCCCCUACUACAACCACUCACCCUACCACAGCCACAACUCCCACCACCACAACAACUUUCCCCACCACAACCACAACAGCUCCCCCUACUACAACAACUCAUUCUACCACAACUCCCCCUACCAAAACCACAACACCACCCACUACCACAACAACUCCUGCUUCCACAACCACAAAAAUGCCCCCACCACAACAACUCCCCUACUACAACAACUCCCCCACCACAACAACUACAGCUCCCCUUCUACAACAGCUACUUCUACCACAACAAUGCCCACUACUACAACCACAUCACCCCGACAACGAUAACUCCCCUUAUUACUACAAUAACAACACCCUCAACCACCUCCACAACAACUCCCACUACCACAAAUCUCCCUACCACAACAGCGGCAAAUACUAUAACAACUCACCCUACCACAACGACCACAAUGCCCACUACCACAAAUCCCCCUACUACAACCACAACUUCCCCUACCACAACAACUCCCGUAACUACAACUUCUCCCCUUACCACAGCCACAACUUCCGCUACCACAACAUCUCCCCCUACUACAACCAUAACAACUCCCCCUACCAAAACCACAACUCCCACUACCCAUACUACAGCCACAACAAGACUCCCAACUACAACUACAACAACUCACCUUACUACAACUCCCCCCACCACAACCACAACAGCUCCUUCUACCACAACAACAAUGCCCACUACUACAACAACUCCCCCUAACACAACAGCUUCCCUUACAACAACAACUCGCCAAAUGACAACAACAAUAAUUCCCACUACCACAACAACUCCCACAAGCACAACAGUACUCACUACCACAACUCCCACUACCACUGCCACAACAACUUCCAAUACCAUUAUAACAACUUCCCCUACUACUACAACUACCCCCACCACAACAGCUUCCCCUACUACAACAACUCCUCCUACCACAACAACCAUGCCAACCACAAAAACUCCCCCUGCUACUAAAACUCCCUCCACCACAACCACAACAGCUUCCCCUACUACAACAACUCCUCCUACCUCAACAACAACUCCCCCUACAACAACCACAACAGCUACCCUUACUACAACAACAAUGCCACCUACCACAGCAACAAUGCCAUCUACCACAACAACUCCCCCAACUACAACGACUCACUCUACCACAACCACAGCACCCGCUAGGACAACUUCUCCUGCCACAACAACUCUCGUAACCACAAAAACACCCCCAACCACAACAACUCCCCUUACUACUACAACUCCCUCUACCACAACCACAAAUCCCACUAGGACAACAACAUCCCCUGCCACAACAACUCCCGCUACCACAACAACACCCCCAACCACAAGAACUCACCCUACUACUACAACUCCCUCAACCACAACCACAAAACCCCCUAGGAAAACAACUUCCCCUACCACAACCACAACAGCUCCCCUUACUACAACAACAACUCCUCCUACAAGAACAACAAUGCCAACUACCACAACAACUCCCCCUACUACAACGACUCCCUCUACCACAACCAAAACACCCCCUAGGACAACAACGUCCCCUGACACAACAACUCCCGCUACCAUAACAACAACCCCAACCAAAACAACUCCCCCUACUACUACAACUCCCUCCACCACAACCACAACAGCUUCCCCUACAACAACUCCUCCUACCACAACAAUAACUCCCCCUACCACAACCACAAAAGCUUCCCUUACUACAACAACAACUCCUCCUACCGCAACAACGAUGCCAACUACAACAACUCACGCUACUACGACAACUCCCUCUACCACAACCACAACUCCUGCUACCACAACAACACCCCCAACAACAAAAACUCCCCCUACUACUGCAACUCCCCCUACCACAACCACAACAGCUUCCCCUACAACAACAACUCCUCCUACCACAACAACAAUGCCAACUACCACAACAAAUCACCCUACUACGACUCCCUCUACCACAACAACAACUCCCGCUACCACAAAAACACCCCCAACCAAAACAACUCACCCUACCACUACAACUCCCUCUAUCACAACCAAAACACCCCCUAGGACAACAACUUCCCCUACCACAACCACAACUCCCACUACCACAAGAACAUCCCCAACCAAAACAACUCACCCUACUGCUAUAACUCCCUCUACCACAACCACAACACCCCCUAGGACAAAAAGUUCCCCUACCACAACCACAACUCCCCCUACUACUACAACUCCCCCAAAACAACCACAACAGCUUCCCCUACAACAACAACUCCUCCUACCUCAACAACAACUCCCCUACCAAAACCACAACAGUUCCCCUUACUACAACUCCUCCUACCACAACAACAAUGCCAACUACCACAACAACUCCCCCUACUACAACGACUCCAACCACAACCACAACAGCUUCCCCUACUACAACUCCUCCUACCUCAACAACAAUGCCAACUACCACAACAACUCCCCCUACUACAACGACUCCCACCACAACCACAAAAGCUUCCCCUACAACAACAAAUCCUCCUACCACAACAAUGCCAACUACCACAACAACUCACCCUAUUACGACGACUCCCUCGACCACAACCACAACUCCUGCUACCACAACAACACCCCCAACCACAACAACUCCUCCUACUACUAAAACUCCCCCCACCACGACCACAACAGCUUCCACUACAACAACAACUCCUCCUAACACAACAAUGCCAACUACCACAACAACUCACCCUACUACGACGACUCCCUCUACCACAACCACAACACCUGCUAGGA